AUGGCUCGCAUCACGGCAUCCGUCCUCGUCGCCGCCGGCUUGGCCCUCACCGCCAACGCGCAAGCUCCCGUCUGGGGACAGUGUGGCGGCACAGGAUGGACAGGCUCGACUAGCUGCGCUUCGGGAGCGUAUUGCUCCUCCCAGAAUGCUUGGUAUUACCAAUGUGUUCCCGGGACGGCGCCGGCCGUUUCCUCUACCAAAGCCACCAGCGUCCCGGCCUCGACCACCCGCGCCGUGACAACCACCACCUCCGUCCGCACCACCUCUUCCUCCCGCGCCCCGACGUCAACGGCCACCUCCGUCCCGUCUCCUUCGGGGCCAAAGUACUUCAUCACCUUCGGAGACUCCUACUCCCAGACUGGCUUCAACAUCAACUCCACAAAACCCAACCCCCAAAACCCCCUCGGCAACCCAGACCUGCCCGGCUGGACCGCCUCAGGCGGCCUCGACUGGGUCGGCUUCAUGGUCACCCAGUUCAACGCUUCCCUGACCUACUCCUACAAUCUAGCCUACGGCGGCGCCACCACGGACGCGAGCCUCAUCGCGCCCUACGCCACCACAGUGCUCAGCUUCAUCGACCAGGUGGCUGAGUUCUCGCGCAGUCUGGCGUCCAAGCCGAGCUGGGCGCCUUGGACGGCGGAUAAUACCUUGGUGGGCGUGUGGAUGGGCGUCAACGAUGUGGGAAACGCGUUUUGGCUUUCGAAUCGGGAGACAUUGUUGGUUCAGGUUUUGGGAAGGUAUUUUGAUCAGUUGCAGAUCUUGUAUGAUGCUGGGGUUAGGAAGUUUGUGUUGCUUGGUGUUCCGCCAACCCAAAAGACUCCCCUUAUGCUCGCCAACGGCGCCGACUCCAACGCCCAGCUCGCCGCUGCCAUCAAGCAGUACAACGACCUUAUCACCAGCAACCUCGCCGCCUUCAAGGCCAAGAACUCGGGCAUCACAUCCUGGGUCGUCGAUACCACUCCCGCGUUCGACAAGGCCAUUAAUAACCCGACCGCCUACGGCGCUCCCGACGCCACGUGCUACAAUGCUGAUGGCGUUAGUUGCCUGUGGUUCAACGACUACCACCCUGGCGUGCAGAUCCAGAAGCUUGUGGCGCAGGCUGUUGCGGCGGCUGUAGGUUCGCCGUGGUUUACUUGUGAGUUGUCCCCUUCCACGGUGUUACGUGCUCGUGUUCUGACGAAAGACGCAGCAUGA